UAGAUUAAAAAUAGCAAUGCAGGGUUUUAUAAGUUGUGAAAUGAAUAAGUGACGGUUAAAUUGAAGAUUCGUGGAGUUAAUUUUUAAAUUUAUGAAUUAUUUAUGCUCUCAUACAAAUUUUACCCUUUAUGAGCGUGGUCUGAUCUAUAAAUGGAUUGAAUUAAUGCUGCAGACGACGGCGGUCUGAUUAGCAGACGACAGGCAGUUGUAUUGUCAAGUCGUCGAUUGACAGGAGGGAGAUAGGAUUGACUGUUCGCAAUGCAGAUUUUAAAUCUAGGAUCCGCCUUGUUUGGUGUAGUCUUGAUAUUCCUUCUAAUGGAACUGACAGUAACACAUGAAGUUGGACUUCAUUUCAGUCCUGGGACGGAAGUCGACUUGUUUAAUCCUCGUAAAUUACCUCCUGAUGAAUCGGCGCAGACAGAAGCCAAUUGUGUUGACUUCGAAGGUCAGAACAUAACACAUGGGCUGAUCUACAUACCUGGACCAAACAUGUGUUCUAUGUGUGUCUGUUACCAUAGUGACCCCAUGUGGUGCAAGACAAUCUACUGUCCUGGUCCUCCAGUGAAAAAGUGUAAGAAGUGGGUGAACGGCGUAGCGUGCUGCGAGUUUCACUGUCUCGAGUAUCGUAACUCGACGGCUUCGUCACACUCUCUGGACAGGUUCCUCAAACUGAUGGUCCCGGUCGCAAUGAUUGUGUUGAAACCGUGAUGACUGCCUUGAACAAACAUUAAACGGUAACUACUUGGCUAAUCAGGAUUGAGGUACUACUAAGUACACAAUGCUUACGAUUUCACAUAAAAAUCUUAAAGGUAGAAUCACUUUUCACUCAAGAUUCAAGACAAGUUUACUCAGAAAUUAGCUUUAACAUAAAUUCACUUUGAGGAGUGAAAUUAUUCUUAAAAUAUAGGUAGACAAAUAGAGAGGCAAUAAAAUAAUCAAAUAUUUAAAUCACUUUUCAAAAGUAGUGGCAACUUAUUUUGUGGUGCCAUAUGAGUACAACUGAAAUAAUAUCAAAUUUUUACUUACAGUUUUUUUAGUAUAUUUUUUACAAAAAUCGGAUCAUAGCUUUUAUAUUGCUGGCUAAUUGCCCUCUUACAUUAUUUAACCAAAGUUUCUUCCCCCUUCAACAAUCAAAGUUCUUUACUCUGUAAAAUGUUACAGUUAAAACAAAUUGAGGAAUUUACAGGGUUACUUUUUUUAGUGCUUACAAACAAUCAUGAUUCAUCGUUUUGAACAGUAUUGAACUGUUUGUACCUGCAGCAAACAUUCUUCCAUCUAGUGAGAAAAUUAACCUCAUUCAUAAUAAUAUAAUCAUUUGAUGAUUGAAAUUACAGUUUUAAACUAACACAGGGGAAACAUUGUUAAACAUUUCCUUUACCGGUAACUUUAUAGUUUGUAAAGUCUUUGGUCAUGUGUAGUGAAGAAGGAUUGCUCAUUUACGUACUCAUAUGGACCAGCUACCAAUAUACUAAACACAUUUUAGUGAAAAUUUAUCAUUGUUAACUAGUUUUAAUAAGUAUUACUCUUAUUGAACCAACUUAUUGAUGAAAUAUUUAGGUUAGAGUUUUAACAACUAGUAAGUUCGCAUAGGCCUAAGGGGCCUCAGACCUAAAGGGUCUGAGAUAGUCCUUGUAUUUGAGGAUCAACAACUUAUCUUAUAACUUACAUCCUAAGUAGACUUAAGAUAUAAGUCCUUGAAGACACUAUUUUAGUCAUGUAGUGGAUCAAUGAUAGAUGGAUGACAGAAUGUUAGCAAAAGGUAGAAGAAGUAAAAGGUAUCAUUGCCAAAAUGUUGUAUUUUAUUUUUUUGAAAUGUAUUAAUGUCACUGUAACAGCUUGACAUACAAGAAAGGGAUUUAUCUUACAGUAUGAGUCUCAAUUACCCGAUCAUUGGUUUUGAAACUUCGCCGUGUUAUUCCUCUCCCUGCUGAAAAUUAAUUUUAAUUUUGUAUUAUUUAUUUUUACCAACAUUCACAUACUGGGACGUGAAUCUAGCCGGGAACUGUUUUAUCCAUGACUUUAGGCAAAAGAGGGUUGCGGCAUUAUCACUUAGGUAAAAUCUAUUAGUGAUUGGCGGGACUUGAAACUGUGAUCUCCAGGGUUGCCACCAGCCAUGAAAACCUUGAAAAGCGUGAAUUAUGCGUGAAUUUAGGUGACCAUGAAAAAGUGCGUGAAUUAUGCGUGAAUUUCGUCAUUGGACCAUGAAUUCUCAAAAUCAUUAUUAACAAUUCAGCCAAAACCCCUAAAUGUGCUGAAUCAAAUACUCCGUAUUAAAACCAUUCUCGAAAUGAACACCGAGAUAAAACGUCAAAGUGGGAGUGUCGAGAUAAAAAGUUUUGUUGCCAUGCCACGAACAGAAACGAUUGCGUAGUUUAUUCAAGGUCAAAUCCGAUCGUAACCGACGUCAGCCGAGUAGUCUAGAGAUGGGAAUUAUCGUUGUUUUCCGGCAACGGUUAUAACGAUAACGCAGCUGCCCAAUAACGUGUUGCGGCAACCUGUUAUUUCAAUAACGAUUGCCAACUCGUUGCCGCUAUAAACCGUUGUCCGCCGGUCGGUGUUGUAGUCGGGUAAAUAUAGGAUAUGACCUUAAAAAAAUUGCAAGAAAACGUUUUAUGGUUUUAUUUUGUAGAGUUGGGUUUGCAGAAUGACA